AUGUCGAUAAAGAAAUUCUUGCCCUCCAAGAGCCAUGCCAUCCUGCUCAGCGACAAGAGCCGCUGUCGGGAUGUCGAGUGUAGAGAAGGCACGCUGGUACAGGACGUGAUCAACAAGGCCUGUACAGUUCUCAAGGUGGCACCCAUUGGUCGGUUCUUCUUCGGUCUGAAGGACAUGAAGAACCACUGCUAUCUGAGCCCCUACCUGCCCGUGCCGCCGGGGAACCAGCGCUACCAGCUGAGGGUGUUUGUGAGUCCAGCGCAGAGCAACUUCCAAUUCCAGAUGGUCUCCCGCUCUCUUCUUCAGUACUACUACCAACAGGUGAAGGAUGACUUUGUACACGGGUCUCUGCACCCUCCUGUUUCCGUCAACAACGCCAUCUGGAUGGUGGCGACCGACAUGGCCAAAGAGGCAGUCGAGAAAAACAAAACUUUCAAUGACUUUACUCACACGGACAUUCUGCGUCUCUCCUCGCCCUCUCUCAAAGAGAAAUGGAAAGACGACGGAACAGUUGUGGACAUGCUGGAGUCAACAUUUGACAAGUUCCUGGAUGCCUACCAUAAGUUUAGUGGGUCCGGAGAAGGGGGCGGGGACAACUUCCCAGACCACUUCCACUGCCGCUACCUGGAGAUCUACGAACAGGACGACCACUGCGGAACACAUCUUUUCCAGCUUAAGGAGUCCACGUUCCCCCAGUCCUCGUUCACACGCAGGAACCGAGAGACCAUGGUGAUCCUGGCCGUCUCUCCAAAGAAGGGAAUCUACAAGUUCAACUUCAAAGACAAGAAACAGGCAGACAUCAAGUGCCUGUGUAAGAUGGUGGAGGUGAGUGGAGUGACACUGGAUGAGAAGAGUCUUGUGGCGACUGUGGUGUGCCUCAAUCCCUCCCAGGAAGACAGCCACACCCGCAGUUACAAACUGCACUUCAAGACCAGGGAGGACCUGCUGUCUUUCUUCACCGUGGUGGAUGCCUACUUCAGACUCAGAAUCAAAGGUCUCCCUAACACUGAUCUGUACUACGCUCCCAUCUGCCACGAGGCCGUCCAGAAGGCUGGUCUGCCCAUUCUGCUGAAGGUAAACUGCUGUCCCAAUGUGACUGGUCCUAUUCCUCUCAUCCCAGCCGAGAGAGAUGAAGACUCAGUAAGCUGCCCCGACUCUGCCAGGGAGUCCACGGCCUCCUCCCCCUCCCCCACUCCCCCUCCUCCCCCUCUCCCCGAGCACAUCUCCGACCUCAUCCAGAAGGGAGUCUGCUACAUCGAGUACAAGGAAAUCAACCUGGAGAGGGAGCUUGGCUCGGGUCAUUUCAGCACAGUAUGGGGAGGGACCUGGAACGACAAACAGGUUGCAGUAAAAGUUCCUAGUGGUCUGACUACUGGCUCCGCGGACCUGGUGAUGAAAGACCUGACCAGGGAAAUUGAAGUGAUGGCUGCUCUGGAUCACCCACACAUUGUCAAACUGUACGGAAUAACUCACACUCAUCAUUUCGUGCACUCUCUCAAGACGGUGAUGAUGGUUGUCAUGGAGUUUGUGGAGGGGGGCAGUCUCAGCAGUCACCUGGAGAAGAUCAAGAGGACAGCCAGCACCCAGCGAGAGACGACACAGAGUGUUCUCACAAGCAAGAAACUCAACUUCAUUCAGUUUGGAUUCCAGAUUGCCGAGGCCAUGGAGUACCUGGGUCAGAACAAGUUGGUACACAGAGACCUCGCCACCAGGAAUGUGCUGGUGGUGUCUCCCACCCUGGUGAAGGUCUCUGAUUUUGGACUGGCUCGCCAGUUCAAGGAAGACAAGAACUACUACCCUGCCUCUCAGAGCAAAGACGUCCCCAUCUAUUGGUUUGCGCCAGAGUGUCUGCAGUUUCCGCAGAGGUUCACCAACAAGUCAGACGUCUGGAGCUACGGAGUGACGCUGUGGGAACUGUUUUCUCUCGGCAGCAACCCCCGUGGCUACCUGGGCCCUCUCAUCCAGGGAAAACCUGCCAAUGAAAUAUUCAAAAUAUUAGUGGAGUUCUAUAAGAUGCCAAAGAACAGGCUCCCGGCUGUAUCUCCCCUGCCGCAGAACGUGUACGAGCUGUUGCAGCACUGUUGGGCCUUCCACCCUGCUGACAGACCUUCAUUCACAGACCUGAAGGACAAGAUUACCACCCUUUACUGACCCCUACACACACUCUCACACUAUCACUUCCCCUCCUCCCCACCCUCCCUCUUCUCUCCUGUUUUUCACUCAUGAUUUGUUGUCAUUUUUGUUAGUCCUUGCUUCGUGUCACUGCCCCGCACACCCACCCACACUAUAUCAUGUGUACCGUACAUUUUAUUCUCUUGUACCACAAUAAUUAUGUGUCCCGCCAUGUGUUGUUAUUGCAGUAGUCAACUCUCAUGGAAUGUUGCAAAUCCGGCUAACGAGGACCUCUGUUGUUGAGGAGGUGUUGCUUAGCUCGGCAAAAGGCGAGGAUGUCGGCGUCAGCUCUGGGGUCCCCAGUCAGGGGAACCACGCGGGGGGUAGUCAGGGGGUCC